UGAAUGCGAUGAAUGUGGGGCUCACUUCAAAGCAGAUCGCGAGGGCAGCGAAAGGGGUGUUGUAAUGUCGUCAGCGAAGGAAAAACGCAGCGCGAGCGAACGCGAUCCCUUUUUAGAUGGCUGUUUUUUUCCCCCCCGUGCAUAAGUGGGAUGAUCGGAUAUAUUGGCGUUUGUAAGAUGGCUGUGACAACGUGUUCUCACACUAGUUGAGUCAGAACCGUGGAGUGGAUCAGCACAACAAGCCCACUAGAAAUGUCGGCUCGUGCACUCAAAGAUGGUGAAAGUGUUUUUCACCGUCUAUGCUCACUUGUUCGGGAAGGUCUCGCGCCGCACGUACUUCCUCUCCUCGCGCGUUACGUUCUUUGAUGCGGUUGACGUUCUAACGUUUCUAAGUUAUCGCAGCUUGUUUUGUUUUGAACCUAUCUCCAUUACCCGUAGUGUUUAGCUGGGCUUUGUUUUUGAAUAACGGCGUUUGUGUGCGUUAAAAUGUUUAUGAAUUCGCGUCUUGUGCCUGGAUUAGCCUGCUAGCUCAUCGCCAUUGAAGUUCGCGCUGUUAAACUUACUGACUAGGAAAGCUCGAGGUUUCUUUCCUCCUUCGCUCGCUUUAUCAAGAACAUCAGACGGAUUCUAGUUGGCAGGCAGUCACAGGUUUUAAGGUCGGAGCUUGAAAGUGUUGGAUUUAUGGUCGGUCGGUGUCAUAAAGCGUGUCACAGGAGGAAUUCUUUCGCAGUGGCAUUAAUAGAAGUCUGGAUAUAAACUUUCUGCCUUGUGGGCUGUACUGGGACAGGGUGCAGGGACACUGUGAGCAUGAGCGUAAACGAGAAGGCGUGUUAUCUGGCAGACCUGGGCGGCAGCUUCACUGAGGAUGCCCCCAGACCCCCUGUCCCUGGGGAGGAGGGCGACCUGGUGUCCAGCGAUGGACGGCAGUACAGCCACAGUUUUUACUCCUCCAAGUGCGAGAGCCUCAAGAACGAGGCCUCCAUAGCCACACCCAGAAGACCCGACCUGGAUCUGGGCUACGAGCCGGAGGGCAGCGCUUCCCCGACGCCGCCCUACCUGAAGUGGGCCGAGUCAUUGCACUCGCUUUUGGACGACCAAGACGGCAUUCACUUGUUCAGGACUUUCCUCAAACAGGAGGACUGCGCCGACUUGCUGGACUUCUGGUUCGCUUGCAGCGGCUUCCGCAAGCAGGAGAACAACGAAGGCAACGAGAAGAUGCUGAAGCUCGCGAAAGCCAUUUACAAAAAGUACAUCCUGGAUAACAACGGAAUCGUGUCGAGGCAGAUCAAACCAGCCACCAAGAGCUUCAUCAAAGACUGCGUGAUGAAGCUUCACAUCGAUCCCGCCAUGUUCGACCAGGCUCAAACCGAAAUUCAGACUAUGAUGGAGGAAAACACCUACCCUUUGUUUUUGAAGUCUGACAUAUACUUGGAAUACACUAGGACGGGUGGAGAGAGUCCCAAACUGUUCAGUGACCAGAGCUCGGUGUCAGGGAAUGGCAAAGUCCUGCCCGGCUACUUGCCAACUGUGAAAGAAGACGAGGAAUGGAGGUGCGACCAGGAACAGGAGCAGAACGCAGAAAGUGACCCAACUCCCAGCAACAGGCUGACCCAGAAGCUGCUCCUGGAAACCGUGCCUCAGCGGGUGGCCAGCAGUAAAAGAUAUCAGGACAACCGUGAGUACAGACACUCUUCAUGGAGGGAGCCCAUCAAUCCGUACUACGUGAACACCGGCUACGCGCUGGCUCCCGCCACCAGUGCCAACGACAGCGAGCAGCAGAGCAUGUCCAGUGAUGCAGACACACUCUCCCUGACCGACAGCAGUGUAGAUGGAGUCCCACCUUAUAGGUAUCGUAAACCGCAUCGACGUGAGAUACACGAAAGUGCCAAAGUUAAUGGGCGAGUGCCACUACCUCAUAUUCCUCGCACAAACCGGAUGCCAAAGGAUAUUCACGUUGAGCCGGAGAAGUUUGCGGCGGAGCUGAUCAGCAGGCUGGAGGGGGUGCUGAGGGAACGUGAGGCGCAAGAAAAACUGGAGGAGCGGCUCAAGAGGGUUCGACUGGAAGAAGAAGGUGACGAUGCAGACAUUUCCACCGCCCCCUCCCUGGCCAAUCACAGGAUUCCCCCUGCGAUCCACAUGCAGCAUUAUGGCGGUCGCUACUCUGAAAUGAGCUACAACGGGCUGCAGCUACGGGACGCACAUGAGGAAAACCCAGAGAGCAUCCUUGAUGAGCAUGUGCAGCGUGUCAUGAAAACACCCGGCUGUCAAUCUCCGGGCACGGGCCGCCAUUCUCCAAAGUCCCGCUCCCCAGACGGGCUGCCCGCUGGCAAGAUUCCCGGACUGAUGAUGCCGCUGUCUGGUGGCCAAGGCAAGCACCAGGCUCGGCUGGGCCCGAAGGGUGAGGCGGCGCACCUGCACCAUCACAAACACAUUCACCACACACACUAUGCCGCGGGGGGAAAGCCCAAAGAACAGGUGGAGGCGGAAGCCAUGAAGAUGCACGGGGGCUUAGCCUGGAAUAUGGAGCAACACCACUAUGGAUCCAAGUCACGCAACUAUGCAGAUGGAAUGAGCGUCGGUCCCAACGGCAUGGACCCCAUGGGUUAUGGCAGUAAAGGCAGCACGAUGUCAAAGCGGCCGGUCAGAAAAGGAGAAGAUGGUCGAAACUUUGAGAUGCGAGAACCCUUGCCCCCUGAUGAUAUGGAGAGGAACCAGAAGAUCCUGCAGUGGAUGAUGGAGGGUGAGAAGGAAGCUGGGCGCUAUAAGAGGAGCCCUUACGGCAUCUCCGGCUCCAAGAAAGCUCAGAGUCACGAGGUGUCGAGGCCAAGUUCGGUGGAACGGCCGGGGGCUGUGCACCCUUGGGUGACCGCGCAGCUCCGCAAUAACGUGCAGCCCUCGCAUCCCUUCAUCCAGGACCCAACCAUGCCCCCCAACCCAGCCCCCAACCCUCUCACACAGCUGGAAGAGGCGCGCAGGCGGCUUGAGGAAGAGAGGAGGAAGUCUGGAACGCUGCAGGCCAAGCAGAGGUAUGUGAUGGAGGUGAUCCAGAGGGGUCGCACCGCUGUCAGGCCCGCUCUGUUUCCCACGCUCAGUGUGGUGCCCGCCGUCUCCGACACGGAGCUCUCCGAGUCAGAGCAUAAGAAUAUGAAGAAGCAGCCCUGUGAGAACAUCACCGUGGCCUAUUACUUCUGUGGAGAGCCCAUCCCGUACAGGACGUCCGUCAAAGGGAGGAUCGUCACACUGGGACAGUUCAAGGAGCUGCUUACCAAGAAAGGGAGCUACAGGUAUUAUUUUAAGAAAGUGAGCGACGAGUUCGACUGUGGAGUGGUGUUCGAGGAGGUACGUGAAGACGACGCCAUCCUGCCCAUCUUCGAGGAGAAGAUCAUCGGUAAAGUCGAGAAGAUCGACUGAGACUGGGAGGAAGGGAGAAGAGGAGAGAGGGAAUCUGGCUGCAGAGUAGCAGCAUCAGCAGCAGCAGCAUGUGGAAAACGAGAGGGAGCGGCGAGCAGGUGCUGAGAUUGGUACAGCAUACGUGGACGUGCGGGAGAGCGAGAGGUGCAGAACAGGGAAGGUUGCUGUGGAAAGUACACUAUUUACUCCGAGGCUUCUACCUCUGCACAAUGACUUUUAAAGUCAAGUCAAACAGCUGCUCAGUGCUCAAAAUCACUGCAUUGUGCACGGAGAGCCCUUGGACUCACAGAGACGAAAGCGUGAGGCAGCGUCCUCUCACUUUUGCUAUAUUUCUAACUCUGAAAAAUGUAAUGUAGCAAUGUAAAGUUAGCCUAGAAAAAAGUACUAUGAGAAUAUGUUUACUAAAGCUGCAUAUUUUUGAUAUGACGUAUCAGAAGGAACAUAUCCUUUCUAAUUUAACAACUCUUGUAAUUUUAUAUGUACUGGUACCAGAUAUGUACAGACUGUCUGUUUAAAAGGAAAAAGAGAAAGUUUUAUAUCUAUUUAAAUAUUUAAAAAAAGGAAAAAAAAGAGAAAUCGGUUUAACCCAUAUCAAAGCUGCGGCAUCGACCUGACCCGAAACGGUGGUAGUUUUCACAAAGCUGCGGUUACGGAGGAGCGGAAAUCAUAACCCACGCUUUACCAAGUGCUUUUAACUCAUAAAACCGGUUUGUAGUCAGUCCACGUCGGAGAGGGAGGAGUCAGCCGGCGCUGCACUUUUCACUGCAUUAUGCAUUGAUGUCAAAGGAGAAUCGCUUCGAGCGAAAGUCCUAUACGACGAUGCCUUCACGUUGCUCUGUGUCUUUCGGUGAUGUCAUGACAUGCAUAAUGCAUAAUCCCUCCCCUCUUCACGCACAGCAUGAUAUGAGGGCAAAGGAUGAAUGUCCCGACAUUUUUGAGUGGAACAACUAUAGGUCUGUAGUUUAUAUCCAAAAUCUGUAAGGUUGCUUUCCAGGUGCUCGCGUGUGUAAGAUCCACAGCGGCGCUGACUGACGCCUGUUUGUGAGCAGGAGAAUGUGAGACUUUUGGAAGAGGACACGACGUUCUGGUCGUCCUGGGGUCCAUCGUCUACCGAGUGCCAUUGGACAAUAUAUAAUGAUCAUGUUUACACUUACCUUAAUGUAUUACAGAACAAGAAACAGAUAGAGAAUUGUAGCCUUUUAGUUUAACACGGCUAAAUGUGGUGCCUGGCCAGAAUGGUUUUUAAAAAAUGUAGUUUUAGCCUAACGUGGUCUGCCUUGUUGAGAUCAUGAAACACCAAAGAGAACAAUCUAUCACAGGAGCCGAUUUAAAAUCCGUUUGCGUUGUUUCAGCAACAAAAAUGAAGCUCCUCCAUAGAGUUUUCAGGCUGUGUGUUGUAACGAAACACUGAGAGGUGUACUAGCCGCUAGGGAAGGCCUGGCGAGACCAAGCCAGACGUGGUGCUGUAACGUUAGAACGCUUUUUGUUCUUCUAGCAUCCCAUCUUAAUGCUAGUUUUUAAAUUUUAAAUUCCCAGCGUAGAUUUAAGUUGCCGUUGUCGUCAAUGUUUUUUCAUGUUUUUUUUUUUUUUUUUUCCUCCAUUCAAUUAUUUUAGUUCUCCAUCCACUUGAACAGUAUGGGUACUUGAUGCAAAAUAUGGAACAUUUCUCAUGUUUGUUUUUGACUCAUUUUAAUUACGGUGUAAUUAUCAACUUGGAUGUAAAGAGUUAACUACUGUGUAUAGCCUGGAUGUGAGCUCCUCUCACUGAAUGAUGGAUGACCUGUACAUAGACAUCACAGAGUGCCUUUCUGACCAUUCUCAUCUCUGAUCCACUGUCUGCUCUCCUCACUCCAUGUGUCCAGUACCAGGGACUUGCAUUAUGUUUUUAAGUUUCUUAAGAACUUUUUUGUUGUUGUUAGUUUCCUAUGCGAAGAGCAUCAACACACUUUAAGUCUUUCUAUGUAAAUAUGUACAUUUUUUUUUUUUUUUUUUUAAAUGUGUCUUCAACUACAACCAGCAACCCAAUUUGGAUAUUUAGUGCCCUGGUUCUGCUUAAGUGUGCCGAGUUGUACAGUUAUCAUUUUAUGGUACUUUGGACAAUAAAGAUAUGUAAUAAAAUAAA